AGAACCAAUACGAAUAGAUACUAAAAUUGUGGUCCAAGCAUACAAAAUAUUACAAAUGAAAUGAAUUCUGUGAAAUCAUUAUUAUUACGUACCGACGUUACCUGCCUAAAAUGCUGUAAUAGUUAUAUAUUUGCAGGCACUGGGGACCAGAUACACAUCUUUCAGAAAACUAAAAGCAUUAAAGUAAUUAAGAUUUUUGAAGGUGUACAAAUUUUUGGAAUUGCAUUCACAAGAUCAUUGACUAAAUGUUUGGUAUUUGGAGAGAACAAAAUCGCAGUGUUGGAGUGUGAUUUCUUAAAUAUUAAUUUUGAAAAGGAGUCAUUGUUUUCUGUGGAGGAUUGGAUACUAUCUGCUGCAUGGACUGAUAAUGAUGAACAUAUUGUAACAGUUUCUAUGCACAAUGUUGUUCACCUUUGGUCAAAGGAAUUUGAAUUAAUUGAGAAAAAAUGUUGCCAAGAGAAUUGCAUUCUGUACAGUAGCCAUUUGGUUAAUAACUUAUGGACAGACAUUAUCGUUCUGGCAGGAACAGUGUUUAGCCAGAUAUUAAUAUGGUGGCCUUAUAAAUCUGGUGGAGGUAAUGUUUGUCCUAUUCUAGCCAAAUUAGACGGGCAUAAGGGCGUAAUUUUUUCCAUUGAUUGUAAUCAGAAGACUGGAAUAAUAUGUUCAACAUCGGACGACCGAUCUGCUAUUCUGUGGUCCAUUCCAAACAAGAAUUUAGUGGCUGAACUUUUGCAGCCAGAACCAAAGAUCAUCUUGAAAUAUUCAAUGUAUGGUCAUACAGCUCGAGUAUUUCGUUGUUUGGCACUUGAUGAACGUAUAUUAACUGCAGGUGAAGAUUCUUUGAUCAACGUAUGGGAUUUGGAGGGAAAUUUGAUAAAGAGAUUUGAGGCGCAUACUGGAUCUCCAGUGUGGGCAUUAGAUUAUGAUAGUGAGAAUGGUGUAUUAGCAACGGCAGGAGGAGACUGUGGAGUUACCCUUUUAUCUUUGAAUGACAACAUUGACAAACAAGAAGUUGAGGUCGUUAAUAAGCACACACUGAAAAAAGUUGGUGCUUUAAAUAAUGCAAAUUUAGUGGGAAUUUCAGAAAGGGGAAUGAUAUUACUUUAUCUUUCAAGUUCAAAGAUAUGGAUGGAAGUAAAACAACAUAAUGACUUAAUAAGCUAUGCAUUGUUGGAUGUUUGGAAGAAAACCAAUUCGAUAGCGUUUGCAGGAUACUAUGGAACUCUUCACAUUUACAAUCAAGAGUCAAGCAAGCUAAUCCAUGUCUGCAGUUAUUCCACAGAAAGUAAAUCAAGGGUAUUUUCAUUACACUGGUUGAGCGAAAAUAAUGUUUUAACAUGUGAAGCAGAGGGAGUUGUUUACAUUUGGCUUAUACAAAAUCACUCCAUUGUACUGGAAACACACUUAAAGUUACCUCCUAGUAAAGAACGAUGGACAACUUGUGCGUGUCUUUGUGGAGAGAAACGCGUCGCGGUUGGCGACCGAAAAGGAAAUGUUUACAUUUAUAGGUUUGACAAUGCUGAUCCUAUACAAGUAAUAAGAAAAGCCCAUAAUUAUUUGGGUAUUACUAACUUACACUUUAGAAAUGAUUACUUAACAUCACUUGGUAGGAAUUCCCUUAUCAAGAAGUACAAAUUUGACCAGUCUAAGCAGCAGUUUAUUCAUUUAUCAUCUGAUAAAGUACCGUUUUCUUGGACAGCAGCAAUUUGCUACCAUAAAAACUGUAUAUUACUCCUCGCUUUUUUAGGGAAAGAAUUUAUUGUAUGGGAUUAUCAGAAUAGACGUACACUUUUACAAUUCGAUUGCGGAGGAGCACAUAGGUCAUGGGACUUUUGUAAAUUAAGCGGCGCAAUGCAAUUCGUCUUUAUUAAAAAUAAAAGGGUUUGUUUAGUGAAAUCUGAUAUGAAUCUUUUGAAAACAUUACACAUUAUGGGAAGUUUUCACUGUAGCGAAAUCAAUGCUGUUUUUUGUUUUAAGCAUUCCACUGCUGAUAAAUACGCAUUACUUUCUGGUGGAGAAGAUACAACUAUACGUUUAUCUGAAAUUGAUUGGGGCAUUCCACCAGUGAAGUUUAAAAAUAAAAAUAUUUUCAAAUCGCAUCUCUCUAGUGUUAGAGCUAUAACUGCAUGUCUUGUUCAGUCAGAUUCAAACUACGAACGAUAUCUAAUAUCUUCAGCAGGAGGCCGAGCUCAAUUAAUGUUGUGGGAAAUCGAAAUUAACAGAAAUGACAAUUCCGUUAAUUGUAGUGAAAGGUGUUCUCACUAUGAAGCCCUUUCUUCCGACGAGUCUGAAACUCGAAUAAUGGAUCUUUGUUCGGUAUUGACAACAAAAGGAUUAAUCUUACUUGCAGCUACCUCAAAUGGAACUCUGAGGGUGUUUUUGGCUGAUACUGAUGAAGAAAAUAGUUACAGUAUGAGCCCAGUAGGAGAAGUAUGUUAUAAAGCAAUUUGUAUACUCAAAGUAAGACAUUUUAAAAUACAAGAUCUGGACAUUGUGCUAUCUGCAUGUACAGGAGGACACGUUACAUUUUGGAAUUUUACAGACUAUAUUUUAUCUCGAGAAACAUCAAAAAUUAUUCAAGACGACGAUCAAUAUAAAAGUAUUGUAGAAGAUAUUUCUGCUGUUGCUACUAUUCAACUUCACUCUGGAGGAAUCAACAGUGUGGAUUGUAAGGUAGUCGACUGUAGUAGGUGCUUACUACUUACAGGUGGGGACGAUAAUGUAAUCAUUUUCAUUUUACUCUCAUUAAGUGUCAAAAAUUCUAAACUGAAUGUUGAAGUAUUAUCUAAGUUCUGCAACAGUGAUUUGCAUUGCGCGCAAAUAACUGGUGUAUUUAUUGCAAGCAAUUAUUUGAUAACUGCUUCAGUUGAUCAGAAAGUAAAUACCUGUAAAUGGAUUUUGAGUGAGAAUGAUGUAGUAUGCCACUAUGAUUUCACAUAUAAGACUAGUAUAGCAGAUAUUCAAGGUAUGCAAUGUUUUGAAAAACCGUUUGGUGUACAUGCUGUAAUAUUUGGUAAAGGUCUAGAAUUAUGUGAAGUUUUAUUAAAAUAACGGAUAAAUUUAGAUAAAAUCAGUAAACACACACUCAUGUAACAUAAGUCAAUUGUUAUUUAUGUUUAUACGCUCUACUUUCUAUAAAUUUCAUUAAAAAAUACUUGAGUAUCAAUAGGGGAUUUUCCUUGUAUUACACUGAAACCCUAAAAUUAAAACUAAGUACGCAUUUGUCCAUUGUCACAUACCAUGAUGUUUUUGAAGUAUCUAAGAGUGUCAGCAGAGCCGGCAAGUAUUUGUAGUUUCUAAUACUUUUAUUAUUUAAGUACCUAAAAGUAUGUAAAUACUGGAAGAACUGGAAUUAUUUGUCUUUUGAACUUGCAAAAGUAAAACAAACACCAAUACACCACAAUAUUAUUGUGUUGUGUUCUGGUUUAUUGGUGUUUUUGUGUUACUUUUGCAGUAUUUAAAUACUUAAUUUCUUAAGAGGCCGUCACGCGCAUGAAACAUUUACGCAUUUUCGGUUCAGCUCUUAGCGAUUUUUUCGAAAAUGGUGUUAGUAUGGAAUCAUUGGAAUAAC